UGUUCUUGCUCAAAUUUGCCUCCUCUCCAUCACCUAUCCUUCCACCUGCUCACCUACCGGCUCCUCCGAGCAGCUUGCCCGGCCCCUUUACCUGCUCCCCGGCUGAGCGAGGGAUAUGUGCAGGGGGUGCCUUGCCACUCUGCCAGCGACACUCUGCCCCAGCGCUCCCGUCUUUCCCCUUCCUUGCCUGGAACUGGGAAGCAGGCCAGUGUUUGCUGAAGCUGGCUGGCAAGCAGCUGGGUGGUGCCAGGGAGAGCCUAUGCAGUGCCAGGUAGUGCCUUGGGUAACCCUGAUAACCUUCCGCCUGAGCACACACCUGCCUCAACUCCCCCCACCCAGGCUUUCGGGGAGGGGGCACAGGGCCAGGCACACCAGCGGGACUUUGGUUCCACCUCUACAAAAGGGCACUCUGAGUCAGGCGGCUCCCCUCAAGGCUUGCUCCUCCCCACCCGGCUCCUGUUUCUGAUGCUGCACGUACAGCCCGUACACACCGUGUCUUGGGACACCCCAGUCAACCACAUGGCUUCCCUGGGCCCCAGCCCUUGGCUCCCUCUGCUGAUUUCAGCCCCUGCUGUGCAACUGCUGCUGCUGCUGCUGCUGCUGGUGCCUUCCCAUCCCCAGAACCUGUCCUGGAUGCAGGGGGACCCCUCCAUGGAAGGAGAUUCAUCCGGGGAAAGUGAUCCACUGGGUGAGGCGGACCGGCCCCGUGAAGAAGAUCCACCUGGAGGGGUGGAUCCACACGGGGAGGGUCCACCUCAAGUUCACGCUAAGCCAGGAGAGCAGGAGGAGGACCCCCUGAAGUUGGAGGAUCUACCCACUGUCGCCACUCCGGAGGGAACCCAAGGCCAUCAGAAUAAUGGCCACGGGGACAAAAAAGGGGCCGCGCGCGAGCACUGGCGCUACGGAGGUACCCGCGCGCCCCUCCCCGCUUCCCCAGGGCUCCGCCAGCCCGCCUCCUCCCCGCGCAGCUCCGCUGCCGCCCGCGGCGAACAGGCGUGGGGCCGCGAAGGAUGCCGAGGCCGAGCGCCCUCGCCUCCCCGGAGCCCGCGGCGGGGUAGAGGCGGGCACGGUAGACAGGAGGGCGCGGGGAUCGUGGUCGCAGGGGCGGGGAGGCCUGCGGUCUUCGCCGUUUAUGUUCCGCCAGCAUUUCCAGAGGUGUGGAAUGGAGGAGGGCUGUGCGACCUCCACCCCGAAUUCAGGCCUCUGGUCAUGGCCCAGACACAGGCGUCUGUCUUUCAUUGUCACCCGCUUCCCCGUUCCCAGGAGGGCCCAGAAGAAAACGGUGCCUAUGAACAGCUGCUGUCGCGGUUGGACGAGAUCACGGAGGAAGGCUCAGAGAUUUGGAUCCCAGGAUUGGAUGUAUCUGCGCUGCUGCCCUCGGACCUCAGCCGCUACUUCCAAUAUGAGGGGUCCCUGACCACACCCCCCUGUUCCCAGGGGGUCAUCUGGACUGUGUUCAACCAGACAGUGAAGUUAAGCGCUAGACAGCUCCACGCCCUCACGGGCUCCCUGUGGGGACCUCGCGAUGCUCGGCUGCAGCUGAAUUUCCGAGCCACACAGCCUCUGAAUGGGAGAGUGAUCGAGGCCUCCUUCCCUGCUGAAGCGCACAGCAGCCCUGCGCCAGUCCACAUGAGCUCCUGCUUCACCACUGGGGACAUCUUGGCCCUCAUUUUUGGCCUUCUCUUUGCUGCCACUAGCAUUGCCUUCCUUGUGCAGAUGAGGAAGCAGCACAGACACAGAAGUGGGACCAAAAAGGGUGUUAGCUACAGCCCAGCAGAGAUGGUGGAGACUGGAGCCUAGACUCAGAACUCAAACGUGCAAAGAAACCACCUAAUGGAAUCUUCAAGGACUCAGAAACUUUGUCCUGUUCUGUCCUGUCUGAAACCUCCAAAAUAUUUUUUUUUGUUUUUCUCUUAAACCACUCCAAUAGUAUUUUUUUUUUUUUUAAACAGGGUCUUGCU